AUGGAACACGCGCGCGAGAGAGUCGCAAUAAUAGGGUCGGGCCUUGCUGGGCUUGUUAGCGCGAACCUGUUGUUCCACGACGUCCGCCAAAGAUAUGCCGUCAGGGUCUUCGAGUCGGGAAAAACCCUCUCCCUCGACGCCGCCUCCAUCUCCCUACCCGAUGCUGCCGCCAAGGAUGCUUCGACCCGCGUGGAUCUGCCCAUGCGCGCCUUUGCGGGCGGCUACUACAACAACCUCAAGGCCCUUUACGACUACCUGCGCAUAUCCUACCACUCGCAGCCCUUCCUUUUCGAAUUCGCAGUGAGCCACGAUGCCAAAUCCGAGGCCAUUGCGCCUGGACGCCGCGACACGUCGUACUUCACACACGCAUCCAACCUCCACCAGCUUGCGCCCCGGUCCAGCGGAGUUGGCAUUGUCGUGUACCUGAUGCAGUGCCUAUACCUAGCCUUCUCGUACACGUGGUUUACCUUUUGCUGUGUCUUCGUCGGGCCGAGACAAUCCGAGACGCUGCAGCAGUACCUGGACCGCACAUAUUGCCCGCGCUACUUCACCACCUACUACCUGCUCCCACUCUUGUCGAGCGUGUCUACCUGUCCUCACAAUUCGCUGCUCGCUUUUCCCGCCAGCGACAUCAUCGGAUACAAGCGGAGGACUCAUGGCGCGCCGCACUAUACCGUAUCAGACGGCGUGGGAGGGGUACAGGAACGCCUAGUCAAAGGUAUCGACGUUACCCUCAAUGCCACCGUCACGGCAGUGGAGCCUUUCGAAAAGGGGGUUCGGAUAUCGUGGUGCAGUGCAUCGGACGCGGGGACGACAACCGAGUACUUCGACAAAGUGAUUUUGGCUGUUGCUCCAGACGUCGUGGGCCGUAUCUUCAGACCCCUCCAACAUCAUAUGCAGCGCAUACCAACCGCCGUUGUGGAGAGCGUCGUCCAUACAGACUGGGCAGUGCUGCACGGGAGCGACCUCAACAAGAACGACAGGAAAGGCGCCCAGCUCAUCCAUCUCAACACAUCCACCGCCGAUACACCCGUGACCGAGUCGCAUCAUCUCCAGCCCUGCGGUGUCGUCGUGACAACCUGCCCUUUCACGCCUCUCGAGCAGCAACACGUGACUCAACGGAGCAAGUUCACGCGCGUUCUCCGCAGUCCAGAAAGCCAGCGCAUCGUCAAUGCCAUCUUCGACAACGGUUCGAAUUUCAGUGCGGAUGACAAAUCAGUGCCGCGUUGGAGGAACGGCGAGGAUAACGUAUGGCUGGUGGGCGGCUGGUGUUGGGAUGCAAUGUGGGAUAGACUAUUCUUUGGCUACACUGUCUUCACCGGUUUCGCGCUAUCCAGCGUCAUACAGGCCUACAUCCGCAGCUUGGUUUCGCACGAAAGCACUUCGUCUGGCAAACUGGGCAUGGACGGCCAAAGAUCCAUGCAGAUAUUUGGAGUAUGGCUGGCCGCUGCAUUCUACUGGAUAAUGCAACGUUCACAGAGGAAUGAAAAGGAAAAAGCUUCGAUCUAUGGUUUGCAACAUGGGCGACUGCAUCUGCAAGUUCCAACCGCCAUGUGGAUGAAUAUGGGCUAUUGGAAAAGCCCUCCUGCUUCCAAGACAUUGAGCGAAGCAUGUCGCGAUCUCUUGAAAGCUGUACUUGCCGAGGCAGGGUUGUCCAACGACGAAGGACAAACGCAACGAAGAAGAUUCCUGCUCGACCUAGGCUUCGGAUGCGGAGAUCAGACCAUCUAUCUCAUGAGCAAAGAACCUGUACGAACGUGCGACAAAGACUGGUGGGACGAACGAGAGCGAUGUGCUACAUUUGACCAUUAUAUUGGGAUCACAAAAGACGAAUCGCAGGCGCGAUUUGCGUCGGAGCGAGUUGAAGAGUUCAAGCAUAACAAAGGCUCAACCGUGGAGAUAUCGCUCUUCUGUGCUGAUGCGUCAAAACCCACAUCAUGGAAUGGAAGAUUACAAAACUCAAUACGACUGGCAAGAGCGAGUUCAGAUGAGCGGUGGGUAUUAGCAUUGGACACAGCGUACCAUUUCUCGCCAUCACGUUGGCCUAUCAUCGAACACGCUUACUCUGAACUCGAAGCCAACUACAUGGGCUUCGAUCUGUGCCUUUCUCCAACCGCAACAUGGACACAGAAAACUAUGCUUCGUCUUCUCACUGCACUCAUGGGCGCUCCUUGGGCAAACUUUAGCACACCGCAGGAGUACCGCUCGAAGCUCGAGCACGUGGGAUACAAGUCUGAGGCCAUAAUUAUCACGGAUAUAUCGGAGCAUGUCUUCGCGCCACUAGCACUAUUUCUUACAGAGCAAGACACGCAGAAUGUAAGAGUCGUCGGAUUCUUCAUUAUCGAACCUACCACAGCAAACAUGGAAGAAAGAGAACUGCACGGAAUGCAAGGAGUGGGACAAGAGACAGCCCCCGUGAAUACGGUCACUCCAAAGGUCCCAGAAGCUACUCAUGAGCCGACGUUUUUAUCAAGAGCGUCCUCCAGGACUGUUCGCGAACCAGUGGUCAGACACCUACACACAUCGCUGUGGCCGCUGGUAGUCUUCAUAUUCUACGCCGCGCUAUCCGCUUUCACAUGGGCCGUGUUUUGCAUUGCGAGUAAGCGGCCGAUUGGAAGCAAGCAGGACUAUGGGAACCAAGAUGCCUACAGAGAGGAGCUAGAUGCUAUCUUGACUAAACACGAAAACGCCAUCAGGGCAGCGCGGAUCAUACAGGUAGUCGUCGCACUAGUCACUAUUCCCAUUACAUCGGCAAUUUGUUCAAUGGCUCUGGCUUCUUUCAUCCAAACGGGCGGCGCAAGAACGAAAUUGAACCUUCGCCAGACCAUGGCGCUCGCAGACCAAGGCUGGAUCAGUCCGCGCAUAUGGACCAUGUAUUCUAAAGUAGGAAGUCUACCAUUAUACAUGGCCUUUGGGUUGACGUUGGUCGGCGUGGUCUUCCAGAUCCUUCAGGGGAUCUUUGUUCGAAUCACCCCCACACAAAUGGCAUCUAUGGACACCAAAUAUAGUAGUCACUAUGUUCCUGAUGUGCCUGCUUUGAUCAACAGUGGUGGUAGCCGCCCCACGCCUAGAGUCAUUCAACUCCGUAGCAUCCUAGAAUCGAUUACGGAGGACCAUUAUGAACCUUUCCUCUGGGUCAAGCCGACCCUUGGUGGCAGGUGUCGGAAUCCAAGUCAGUGCACUUUUGUCGACUAUCGGAGGGAUUUCCAGAUCAUCGCCGAUUCCGAUUAUCCAGACCUUUGGUUCACACCCUUACCCUCGGACUACAACACCGGUGUCUACGAGGAGCUUCAGUAUGUGCCGCGCAUCAACACAACGGUUACAUAUACGAACAUGACUGCUGCCGAAUGGCCAAGCGAGUGUGUUCGUGACAAAGAAGGUGUAUUCUUUGCAGAGUAUCACUCACGCCGUCCUAGGGCCUAUGACAUUGAUCUAACGGCUUGUAUGCCUACAAACAUUAGCGACACACCCUGGCAAGCUACACACAAUCGGCAGGAUAUCACAGAAGAGCUCUAUCUCAGCACAACAGCAUUAUACGAAGAGAACCCUGUCUACUAUAGAGUAACAGCCAAAACGUCAUUAGGCUACUUCGAGCUUCCGUCUGCCAAGAAUGGGAAUCGCGCCGGGCCCUUGCUCGACAAUUGUUCACUGUCACGCAUCGACGACUGGCACUCGGAUAGAGACAGUAGCUGGGACAAAGGCCUGGCAAUUCGGGAUGUCAACGGCACCUAUGCUGGAAACGUCACACAGGAUAUAGGAUACCAUAUCGGUCCCCUGACUGCGCUUGGACUAGCCCUCUUUGGUGAAGGCUCUUUCAUCGAGAAACGCGUUUCGAAUCCAUCCGCUUUCGUCCUAAAUCGAACCGAGGUGUACGAUGCCAAAUACGAUACAUGGUAUACGCCCUGGGGCUCAAAUUGCGUCUCAUCUAUGCCUCUUUCCUUUGCUUAUUUAAGCACGAAGGAAUGCAAUAAAGGCUAUGAUCACGAGGAUGAAGAUGACAUUAUCGGACAAGUGAAAGUUUUUGUAGACUGGUUUUCGCAGGAGGACGCUGCAAGAGAAGCGUUUACUGUGGGCGCUUACCUUGCUAACAAGAACUGGCUGGAUUCAGCCAGAGGGUACACUCUGUCUUACGAUGAAAGGCGGAAAGUGGUUGCCGACCAAGGCGUCACAAUCAACAAGACCAAAAUAACGAUUGUGGAAAUCAUCAUUGGCUCCAUCUUUCUCGGUCUUCAUCUCCUCGGGCUACUAGUGCUCGCCAUCUAUGCCGUCUACGGAAAGCCGUUUGUGCCAUGGCUGGGUGGAGAGGUAAUGGUCAAGGCUGGAACGGUCCAUGCGGAUAUCUUGAGCGCUGCUGAGGGACAUAGACAAUGGAAGCAGACCAUGGCUGCUUGCCCGGGAUUCGUUGGGGAUGAAAGACCAACGGAUAGUGUAGGCAGAAUCGCAUUCGGAGCCGUUGCAGGCUUGAGUCGAUUACGCGACCGGAAGUUUGAGACUCUGUAG